UUUUUUUUUCUUUUAUAUUUUAUCUUUAUCCCUUCGUCCCUUUGUCUUUUUAUGUUUGUUAGUAACGAACUGCAGGAUCUUCCCCUUAAAGAUUCAAACACUACUCGUUUUGUAUGCAUGUCUGACACCCAUGGCAAAUCUUCUUUCAACUUUCCUAUACCUGAUGGUGAUGUCUUCAGUAAAUACAUUUUCACUUAUUUUAUCUUUUUUUCUUUUCCUUUUUCUUUUUUUUAUUCAGCUUUACAACCUUUUUUUUAAAAUAGUUCAUGCUGGAGACUUGACAAAAUAUAGUGACCCUAAGGAAUAUCAUAAAACGAUAGAAUGGAUUAAAUCUUUACCUCACAAAGUGAAAAUAGUGACAGCAGGAAAUCAUGAUCAUAUACUUGACGAACGAUAUGGAUUUAUUACCGAAAAACAACAUAUACUCACCAUGUUUCAACAAGCUGGGAUUACUUAUCUGGAACACGAAGCUUUUCAACUACCUUCAUCUCUUGGUGGUCAUCAUCUAUUUGUAUCACCUUAUGCACCUGUUCAUCUUGGUGGAGCAUUUAUGCCUUUACAUGGACUUGAAAGUUAUUGGGAAGCAAUACCAGCAUCAACUGAUAUACUUGUGACUCAUACUCCACCACGAGGUUAUUUGGAUCAAACUAGACGCAAGCUCCAUGUUGGAUGUCCUGCCCUGACAAAGAAGAUUCAAGCUAUUCAACCCAAAGUAUGUGUAUUUGGACAUAUUCAUGAAUCCAAUGGUUUUACUAUAGACAACAACAUUCUUUUUAUCAACGCGUGUACAUCCAACUUUAGAUACCAAGCUAACCAGUUACCCAUUGUAUUUGACUUGUAAUAAAAUUGUUUUUACUUAAA